AUGUCAGGAACAGGUAACACAGGCAACAAUAAUACGGGCAACGAGCUCGGCCGCACCUGGGGCGACAAGUUGAAUCGCACAGUGUCUGACCGCAAGCUACAAAGAGGGGCCUGGAACACUAUUGAGGGCGCGGGUGAUUCCCUGCGAGGUGGUAUGAUGGACUUCGCCGACUCUGCCACGGGCACUGGUGGCCACCACACAGAAACCGACGUCGGUGCUCAGAAGACCCAGACCGGCAUCGCUGAGAUGAAGGGAAGUGGGACCGCGGGCACCGCACCCCAGACUGCUGGAGCCCGGGGAACAGCAACCACGACGGGCUCAGCUCCUCCUUUGCCGGCGCGUGGAGGUGCCGGAAUUCACUCGAACAACGCGGCAACCACCGCUGGGAGCACCACAGGACCAGUUCCGUGA